AUGUUGCAUCUGGUGAUGAUACCUUACAGUAAGCCGAGGGGUAUGGGAGCUGGACGCAAGCUGAAACAGCGUAGGACCAAGCAGAGAUGGGCAGACAAAGAGUACAAGAAGUCUCACCUUGGAAAUAAAUGGAAGAAGCCUUUUGCUAACACUUCUCACGCUAAAGGAAUCGUCCUUGAGAAAAUCGGUAUCGAGGCCAAGCAGCCUAACUCUUCUAUCCGUAAGUGUGCUAGAGUGCAGCUCAUCAAGAAUGGAAAGAAGAUUGCCGCUUUUGUUCCCAACGAUGGUUGCUUGAACUACGUUGAGGAAAAUGACGAGGUCUUGGUUGCUGGAUUUGGUCGAAAGGGUCAUGCUGUGGGAGACAUUCCCGGAGUUAGGGUCAAGGUCGUCAAGGUUUCCGGUGUUUCCCUCACUUCUCUCUUCAAGGAGAAGAAGGAGAAGCCAAGGUCUUAA